UUGUCAGUAUGCUUCAGGGGUAGAAAGGGCGAUGGAUUCAAGCUUCUGUUUAUUGUCUGACUGUGCCACAGAAGCAGCAGGAUUAGGAAUGGGUUUGCAUUAUAGGGAUCAACUGUGAGACCUCCAGCUCCUGCCUGAUGUAGCUCAGCUCACGUAUUCACACACCUCUUACUGUGUGACAGAGCUGGAGCAGGACCAAGAAUGAGCAGAGCUGGAUGAUCUUCAAGGUCCCUUCCAACCUAAGCCACUCUGUGACUCUAUGACCUGCUCCCCCAUGGACUUUGAAGGCUGUUGGGUCAGGUCCUGCAAGAAUCCUGUUUCUCACAAAGGGUGAUACAGGCCCAGAGGCCAGAACCAGACCUCUGGCUUCUGUGCAGAAUGCUGCAAGAGUACAGGUGAAGACUUUGAGUCACAGAGCAGCAAAAGAAACUUUAAACAGUGGGGACUGGGAGGUGAGAGAAGGGGCUCCCCAGAGCUCACAGUGCAGGAGAUAGUUGUAGGGGUGGGUAAGGAUGAGAAAGGGAUUUAUCUUGAGUAAACAUCUGUGAUGUAGUAUAUGCAAUGGAUGAAUUUUGUCUUUUCAGACAGAUCUAAAUUCAGGGUGCCUGCUAUUGCCAUCUGAAGGAUUCUAAGUGGGAGCUCUGUGGAAGGCCUGGGGGUUGCAGUGCCCUUCUAAUGGCUGCUUCCAUUCAUGUCUGGUUUGCGCCCAUAGCUUCCUUACAAGCCAAGGUCAAAGGCUUGGCCAAAGGUUGUGUGACUGUAAGGGUCCUGGUGGGCACUAAGGUGGGCAGCAGGGUGCUCAAGCUUGCUUCUGUCCAUCUUUGGUCCCUGAGCUGCCCAGCUCCAUCUCUGCUGUGCCUGGGUUGGUGGCAGUGGUGCCCUCAGAGCGCUGUCCUGCUGGGGGGCCGGAGGCUGGCUCUGUAAUGGAUCCUCACCAGGUGGUUACCGUUUAGAGGCUUUGAUCUCCUGCUGCUUCAUUUUUUUUCCAGCCCCUCGAUUGAAUUUCUCUCAUGUAACCGAGCUCCACUGAUAUAUUCUGGCCAUAUAUAAUGGAUGGAGGUUGAGUGAGGAAACAAAAACAGCGCUGAAUAUCGGGAGCAGCCAUGCGGGUCCUGCAGUCGGACCCCCUCCCUGCCACCGCCCCACAGGUGUGUGCAGUUGGGCACAGGGUGCCUGCACUCACAUCCAGCCCUGAGCCGGCCUUGGAUUGUGCAUCGCUUGACCUGGAGGUUGGUGCAGUGGAUACGUCAGGACGGGCUUUGAGAUAACAACCUGCGGUGUGAGCAGCAGCACUGGGAUCCAGUUGCUUGUUUUUUGCCCAGGACGGGGUGCAGGCAGCACAGUGCUCCCGGCUCCAUGUUCCUGGGGGGCCGCCCUACCCCCCAUUCCCCCCAGCUCCGUGCAGGUGAGAAGCACCCCGCUCUGCAGGACGGGCACCCUGGGAUGAGCCUGCACCGCUGAGCCCCAUCUUCUGCUGCAGCCCUGUGAGCACUGCCUGUGGCAGCGAGCCUCGAGGUCCCAGACACGAGGGUGAUGCAGCCCAACGAGCCACCGCUGCCUGAGCUGAAGCUCCGCAGACCCGUUCAGCGGGGCAGGAUCCCGGCGCCCUUCAUGGACCCGGUACGUCACCGCACCGCUCCGCCAUCCCGUGCUCGAGUCCCUGGCCUUCCCCUUUGCACCAGGCAGGCCCGGGGAAACCGUGCUGCUGCACAGGGCACGGCAGCAGAGCCGGCAGCACCCUGGAAAGACCCCCACGGCACCACCGCAGUGGACCCUCUGGAUGUGGACGCCUUGGUGCCCACGCAUGACGAGCGGGGCCAUGCCAUCCCUGAGUGGAAGCGGCAGGUGAUGGUGCGGCGGCUGCGGGCACGGCUGGCGGAUGAGGUGCCCGUGUGUGAUGAGGUAGGGCCGGGCUGUGGGUGGGACACAGCUGGGUCCCGCGUGUCUCUGCAUCCUGAUGGCUUCCUGCCGCAGGAGCCAGGCACCUGGCGUUUCUCACCGUCCCACGAGGCCGUGCUGGGCCCAUUUGGUGAGCUGCUGACCGAGGCUGACCUACAACAGCUGGAGAGGGCGGUGGAGAGCCUGCGGCUGCGGCGCCGAGGAGAGGCCUACCAGGACGAGCUCCAGCGCCUGGCGCAAGAGCUGCGCACCUUGCUGCCCUCCCCGCUGCUCAGCAUCACCGUUCACAGCCCUCCUCCCGCCCCAGGGCAGCCCUUGCCGCUCUGGUGCGGCCGCCUGGCCGGUGUGGUAGGCAGCCUGGAAGCGCUGUUGGCCAAGGCCGAGGGGGCUCGUGGCAGCCCCGUGCCUGCCCCGCUGCCCGCACCGCUCCCUGCAGCCCCGCGGACGCCGUCGGGCAGCGUGGCACAGCGGGAGAUCCGGCAGUGCGGGGUGAGCGUGAGCAGCCUGCGCGGGGCCUUCGAGCGGCACGGCGGCGGGGAGAGCGAGACCGCAGCGGUGGUGGAGGCCGCCAGCGACUCGGGGAUCAGCUGCGAGGAAGCGCCGUCGGAAGGCAGCGGCUCACCGGUGCCCGAGUCAGCCGGCCUGCGCAAGGAGCGCAUCGUGCUGCUCUUCCUCAGCCAUUGGAAGCGCUCGGCCGGAGGCCUCAACGCUUGGGCUGCGGCGUGCCGGGCGCUGCAGGCUCAGAGGGAGAGAGCAGGCGCUCCGGGCGAGGAGCAGGCGGGCAGGAGGGGCCGCCUGUCGCGGCAGUGCAGCGCCAUCCAGCAGCUCCUGGGCAGCUGGAGGGACGUGGCCGCCUGCCCCCCGCCGCCGCUGCCCCCCGCUGCGGGCAGCCCCCGCUCCCCGCUGUCCCCCGAGCAGUUUGUGCGGCGCGCCGACGGGACGCCGGCCGACUACGACAGCCUGACGCUGGAGCUCUUCAUGCUGGGCUACUUCCGCAUCCUGGAGCGGGAGCUGCCCCCCGAGGAGCGCCGCGGCCGCCACCUGCUGUGCUUCGAGGUGUUCGACCACCUGGGCCGGCACGGCUGGGACACAGCGCGCGCCUUCCACCGCGCCGUCACCGACGAGAUCGCGGCCGGCCGGCGGGGCUGGGGGGACGGCUUCGAGGACAUCAAGGAGCGCUUCUUCGGCACCGCCAAGGGCACGGCCUGGAGAGCGGGGGGAGCGGGGGGCAGCCCCCCGCAGAGCGCAGCCCGCCGUGGCCGCAGCAGCCAGGAGGAGAUCUGCAGGUGCAUCGACCGCAGCUUCGCCUUCUGGAAGGAGAAGGAGGCCGAGAUCUUCAGCUUCGAGGAGUGACGCCUCACGACGCCCGUGGACGCCCCCUCUGCGCUUC